AUGUCGUCAUCCCCAUCUCCAGUAUCAUAUGCUAAUGUUGCUGCUAAUGGAUCUACUACCACUAGUACUACUAGUGCAUCCAGUAUCGCAGCUACUACCACUGCUGUUGCAGCACCAGCAGCUAUUGUCCCAGAACCAGCUUCCAAAGAUGUUAUUGCCCCUGUUGAACCAGAAUCAUCCAAGUCAGAUGUUUCAACAGAGAAAAAGCCAGUUGAAGAACCAGAAACUGUUAGUGCAACUUCUUCUUCUGCUCCAGUUGCAGAAUCCACUUCUGUAAAGGAAUCAGAUUCAACUAAUUCCACUAAGGAAUCCAAAAAGGAAAAGAAAAAUUUAGCUCCAGCUCCAGUUCCAACUAAAUCUGCUUGGGGAUCUCCAUCCACUAGUAGUACUUCUACUUCUGUAGAUGAACAGAAAUGGCCAACUCCUGAUAAAGCACCAGUUUUAGGUGAACAACAACCAAAUGUUAAAUCACAACAACAAAAAUUCAUUAAACCAAUUACAAAUAAAUGGGUUCCAUUAACUGCAAAAGUGAUAUUACCAAGUUCUAGAUCUAAUAGUAAUCAAAAACAACAAAAUAGAAAUAGAAAAAAGAGUUCUGGUGGUAAUAACAAUAAUAGUAAUAGUCAAAAGGGUACUCCAAAGAAACAACAAAAUAAUAAGGAUACCAGUGCUUCUCCAUCUUCUUCUUCAAAGAAGGGUGAAUCUAUUAGUGGAAGUCAGUCACCAAUUGUUUCUUCUGCAGCUGCUACUACUUCUGAAGUAUCUGAAGUUGUUGAGUCUGCUAAACCAGAAACUACUCAACCAGAGCCAGAAAAACAACAAGAGCCAGCUCAAGAAGAAGCUACUGCUAUUUCUAACACUAGUAGUACCACCGAUGAAACUAACGAACAACAACAACAACAACCUCAACAAAACCAAAAGUUCAACAACCAAAAGAAUUAUAGACGUCAUAAUAAUAACAAUAAUCAACAGCAUCCAAAUGGACAUAACUACAAUAACAACAAUACCCAAUAUCAAAAGAGAUACAACAACAAUAACCAACAACAACAGCCACAACAACCACAAUUCCAACCUAAUCAAGUCCCACCAUUCUUCCAUCCACAACCAUUUGUUCCAAACCAACAAUAUUACACCAACCGUCCAUACAGGCCGCAACAACAACAACAACAACCAGGUGUUCAAUAUAGACAAACCAAUAGAAACUAUCAUAACCGUAAUAACAAUAACAACAACAAUGGAUAUCGUCAUAAUGGAGCAGGUAUGCAACAACAACACAUGCAACCAAUACCAAUGUAUAUGCAUCAAGGUAUUCCAAUGUAUCCAAUCAUGGCCCCUGCACCUAUCCCACCCCCAAUUUCACCUAAGCAAGAUCCACAACAUGCUUUAAUUCAACAAAUUGAUUAUUAUUUUUCAUUAGAGAAUUUGAUUAAGGAUUUAUAUUUGAGAAAGAAUAUGGAUGAAGAAGGAUGGGUUAGUUUGGGGUUGAUAUUGGAGUUUAAGAGGGUGAAGAUUAUUCUUAAUGGUUUGAUUAAUAGUUUGGAAGAAGGAGAAGAAAAAGAUAGUGAUGGGAUUAUUUUGGAAAGUAUUGCCCAAUGUGAGAAUUUGGAAGUUAAGUAUGAUAAUGAUGAAGAGAAGAAGAAGAUUGAUGGGGUGAAAUUGAGAGUUAAGGAUAAUUAUCAACAAUGGUUAUUAGUGUAA